AUGGCGCCCUCCAAGCGGAAAGCGGAUGACGACUUUAUCCUCACCCUCUCAGACAAUGAAGCUGGACCGAUAGAAGAAGAAAUUGUCGAAGCUGCGCCUCCGAAAAAGAAGACCAAGACGAGCAAGAAGAAUAAGAAGCCGAAAAAAGAUGAGGUCACAGAAGAGGAGCAGGAGGGCAUUUGGGGUCAGAAAGAUGACGAUGAUGGCGCCAUGGACUCAGAUUUCGAAUUCAUGGUCGACAACGCCGUUGAUAUUGACGCUGCUGACUUUGAGGGCUGGGGCUUUGAUGGUGCCAAGAAGGGGAUGAAUGGUGUGGAGAAGAAAGGCGUUGACCUGGACGAGAUAAUACGAAGGAGGAUAGCGAAGAAAGAAGGCAAGACCAACGGCGCAGUCAACACGGUCGCUGAGCCCCAGGAGGAGAGCGCAGAUGUUUCUGGAGACGAGGAUCAAGACCUUGAUCUCGACGACGAAGAUGACGAGGUGCUAGCAGACGACGCUUUUGGCAUGGCAGUAGCGUCCGAUGCCGAGGAGUCAGUGGACGACGAGAUGCCCGAUGUUGAUAGCGACGAUGACGACGAUGCCGCAUCCGACAACGACUCAAUCGCAACGCCGGUCGACCAUCCCGACGACGCUGAACCUGGGUCAAGUGAUGACGAGGACGAGGACGCGGAGGAAGCAGCAAAGAGAGAAGCGUUCUUUGCCCCAGAAGAGCCGGCAAAACCUGGAAAGAAGGAUGGUCAGUCGUCUUUCCAGACAAUGUCUCUCUCACGACCAAUUCUCCGUGGCCUUACAUCAGUGGGUUUCACAAAGCCUACUCCAAUUCAAGCAAAAACAAUACCUAUUGCUUUAAUGGGCAAGGACGUGGUUGGUGGAGCCGUCACUGGUUCUGGAAAGACAGCAGCUUUCAUUGUCCCUAUCUUAGAACGACUUCUCUACCGACCGAAGAAGGUGCCAACUAGCCGAGUCGUAAUUCUUACGCCGACCCGUGAGCUUGCCAUUCAGUGUCACGCAGUAGCAACCAAGUUAGCGAGCCACACAGAUAUCAAGUUCUGUCUUGCUGUCGGCGGUCUGAGCUUGAAGGUGCAGGAGGCAGAGCUGCGACUGAGACCCGAUGUUAUUAUUGGCACGCCUGGUCGAUUCAUCGAUCAUAUGCGAAAUUCUGCCAGUUUCGCCGUCGAGACAGUGGAGAUCCUCGUCCUUGAUGAAGCUGACAGGAUGUUGGAAGAUGGAUUUGCUGAUGAACUUAACGAAAUUCUGACUACAUUGCCCAAAUCGAGGCAGACUAUGCUCUUCUCGGCCACUAUGACAUCGUCAGUCGACCAGCUGAUUCGCGUGGGGCUCAACAAACCUGCGAGGAUUAUGGUAGACUCGCAGAAGCAGACGGUCACUACUCUUACACAAGAGUUUGUCCGACUUAGGCCCGGCCGAGAGGACAAGCGGAUGGGGUACCUGCUUCAUAUCUGCAAGACUCUUUACUCUGAACGGGUCAUCAUAUUCUUCCGGCAAAAGAAGAUCGCUCAUCAAAUGCGCAUUAUCUUUGGGCUUCUGGGACUUUCAUGCGCUGAACUUCACGGUAGCAUGAAUCAAGCUCAGCGAAUCGCCAGUGUCGAGGCUUUUAGGGACGGAAAGGUGUCCUUCCUCCUAGCUACAGAUCUUGCGUCUCGUGGUCUGGAUAUCAAGGGCGUUGACACCGUCAUAAACUACGAGGCACCUCAGAGUCUUGAUAUCUACCUCCACAGAGUCGGUCGUACAGCAAGAGCAGGUCGAAGUGGUGUUGCCGUCACACUUGCGGCUGAGCCAGACCGCAAGGUCGUCAAGGCAGCUGUAAAGGCUGGCAAGGCACAAGGUGCGAAGAUCAGCAGUCGCAUCAUCGAGCCGGCCAUAGCAGACGAAUGGCAAGAUAAGAUUGAUGACUUAGAGGAUGAGGUUGAGAUGGUCAUGCAAGAAGAGAAGGAGGAAAAGCAGAUGGCACAGGUUGAGAUGCAAGUCAAGAAGGGCGAGAAUAUGAUUCAGUAUGAGGAUGAUAUCAAGUCUCGGCCAAAGAGGACAUGGUUCGAAACGGAGAAAGACAAGAAGGCUGCUAAAGAAGCAGGUCGUGCCGAGCUCAACGGUGUGCGAGAAUCGUUGAAGAAGAAGCAUGACGGUGGCAAACUGAGCAACAAGGAUAAGAAGAAGCUCGACGCCAAAGCUGCUCGAAGCGAUGGCAGGUCUUGGAAGAAGGGCAGGGCUGAACGAGAUGGCAAAGGAGCUGUGUUAGCCCUGAAGAAGGACAAAAAGGCGAAAGCCAAGGGACCACCGAAAGGGGGUUCUAAGAAGCCUGCAAGCAGCGGAAGGAGAAGAUAG